AUGGCGGCUCGAUUACUUGCCUCAACUUUGACACGUACAAUACUACCAUUAGCACGAUUAUCAACACCAAAGACUGCAUCUUUGGCUUGUGCUAAUCGACUGCUUCAAUUGCAAGGAUUGACCAGUGUACGGUACAGCUGUACUGGCAACUCGCGAUUUUGCGGCGUCUCCCAAACGGCUCCUGAUUUUAAGGGUACAGCAGUCAUCAAUGGAGAGUUUCAAGAAAUUCAAUUGAGCGAUUAUGCUGGUAAAUAUGUGGUGCUAUUCUUUUAUCCAAUGGAUUUUACAUUCGUAUGUCCAACUGAGAUAUUGGCAUUUAGCGAUCGUGCUAAGGAAUUUGAAGAGUUAAAUACACAAGUCAUUGCAUGCUCCAUUGAUUCUGAGUACAGUCAUUUGGCUUGGACUACUGCAUCGCGUAAAGAUGGAGGCUUAGGCGGUAAUCUUAAUAUCCCUCUAUUGGCCGAUAUUACCAAGAAAAUUAGUAAUGAUUAUGGUGUAUUGCUGCAGAAUGCAGGCAUAUCGUUGAGAGGACUAUUUAUUAUUGAUGGCAAUGGAACUCUCAGGCAAGCCACCGUCAAUGAUUUACCGGUUGGUCGUUCAGUAGAUGAAACGCUACGUCUUGUCAAGGCUUUUCAAUUUACCGAUAAGCACGGUGAAGUUUGCCCUGCAAAUUGGCAACCAGGAUCUCAAACCAUCAAACCAGAUCCAAAGGACAGCAAGGAAUACUUUUCUAAGCAGUAAAAAUCCUUAAGUCCUCGACAGCGUGUUGUGAUUGCGAUAGCCAAGAAAAAUGGAUUAUUCCUAGAUAACCUCUGCAGUAAUGGAUCAAAGCAAACUUAUUAGUGCAAUUAUGCAGUUGCAAAUACGUAGACUAUACUUUCU